AGAGUGUUGGUGAGACUGUUAACGAAAUCGUUCGCAGCCAAAAGGGCGGCUUCGUUUGAAAAAACCGUCCCAUUGUUGUGUUAUGUGUUGUGUCGCUGUCACCUUUGUCGCUCAUUUGCCGCAAAUAAAGCAGAUAACUGUGCAGUCAUGGGUGUGCACGACUUAUGGUCCAUCAUCGAACCGGUUCGGGAGUCGGUGCCAUUGUACAGUUUGAGCGGAAGGACACUAGCAGUCGACCUCAGUUUAUGGAUCUGUGAGGCCCAGCACGUCCAAGCAAUGAUGGGCAGAGUCACCAAGCCACAUCUAAGGAAUCUGUUUUUUCGGGUCUCUUCCCUUACUCUUAUGGGAGUGAAACUUGUCUUCGUCAUGGAAGGAGAGGCCCCUGAACUGAAAGCCGAAACCAUGAGCCAGAGGACUGCAAACCGAUUUGGAGGGCCCAAAAAAGGUGCUCCCAAAUGCUCCUCAAACACCAGCAGGGGGCGCUUUAAGGCCGUGCUGAGAGAGUGUGCAGAGAUGUUGGACUAUCUGGGUGUGCCAUGGGUGACAGCUGCAGGGGAGGCUGAGGCCAUGUGUGCGUACCUGGACUCACAUGGACUGGUGGACGGUUGCAUCACCAAUGAUGGAGACGUCUUCUUGUAUGGCGCACGGACCGUCUACAGAAACUUCAAUAUGAGCUCUAAAGACCCCCAGGUGGACUGUUACAAGACCUCACGUGUCCAGUCAGAGGUGCAUCUCUCCAGGGAGAACCUGGUUGGUCUGGCAAUCCUCCUUGGAUGUGAUUAUAUUCCCAAGGGAAUCCCUGGAGUUGGUAAGGAGCAAGCUCUAAAGCUCAUCCAGACACUGAAAGGACAAACACUUCUGCAGAGGUUCACGCUGUGGAAGGACGAGGUGGCGUGCGUGUCUCAAGCAGUUGUGAAGAAGGUUCCUCACUGCCACAUAUGUCGACAUCCGGGCUCCGCCAAGGCGCACGAACGCAGCGGCUGCACGCUUUGUGACAGUCACCGAUUCUGCCAACCUCGAGAUUUCGACUACCAGUGUCCAUGUGACUGGCACCCGUCCGAGCUGGCGCGCCAAGUCCAGUCCGUCGAGACAAAUAUAAAAAGGAAAACACUGGCAAGUCAAGAGUUCCCAUUUACAGAGAUUAUCAACGAGUUUUUGAUUUGUAAGGACAAACCCGUUGCCAAGUUCAAGAGGAGGCAGCCAAAUAUGCUCUCAUUGCAGAAAUUUGCACAUGACAAGAUGGAGUGGCCGAAGCACUACACCAGUAAAAAGGUUUUGGCUCUGAUGACUUAUGCAGAGCUGAUGAACAGGACGGGCGGGAGAACGAUGUCAUCACAAAUGCAGCCCAUUCGAAUAUUGAAACCACGCGUGAGAAACUCGGUCCCUUGCUUCGAAGUCCUCUGGAAAACGCCAGAUCAUUACGUUUUUCCUGAGGAUGGGCCGGCGGAGGAUGAGCACGAGGUGAGGUCAGUGGAGGAGCAGUCCCUCUUCUGUGUGGCCUUCCCUGAGGUGGUGGAGAGCUACUUGAAGGACAAAGCCUUAGCUGAAGAAAACAAGACAAAGAAACGAAAACCAGUGAGGAAAAAGGACAAGACAUCAGAUGGACCUGAUGAUGUUUUGGACCUCAUGGCACAAAUGAGCCUCCAAAGCUGCUCUCCGGAAAAGCGAACACCAACUGCCGUGACUCCAAACACACAGGAAGUGGUGGUUUUGAACACACCUGUAGGCAAUAAGCCGCAUGGUGACUCCUUGCCGUCUGCCUCCGCCGUUAUCGAAGCUCUCCACCUGAGUGACAUCGACUGGGAUGCGUUGUCCUUCACGUCCACCCCGCCGCCUAAAACCACCAUUGACGACGUCGAGGAGAAAACCUCAGAACCUCAGCCAGAGCGGUGUUUCAGUGAGUGUCCUCUCAGGGAGAGGCUACUCUUGAGGCAUGCCACCAAAACCAUGGAAAUCGUCUCGAAGCAACUAGACGACAUCGAGCGCAUUCCCUCUCAUAUGUCCGCUUUCAAACUAAAUGCACACAGUCCUAAAGAUAGUGAUGGCAGCAAGACAUCAGAGAAGCCAUCUUCUAGCAAAAUAGAGGCAGAUGAAGCUGCUCCGUCAGCCAAGCCAGCAGCACAAUGCCAGACGAAGGUGAACAAAAGACCUCCUCACAAGUCUAAAUUUGUGUGGAAACCACAGAGGUGCCACUCUGAUCCGUGUCAUGGUGGCAAAGACAGAAACAUGACCUCCAAGAAGAGCGUUUGCGUGAGCGUGUGUCCAUCCAGCGAUGACAGCGACACUGAGAACCAGCCGACGACAACUUGGAGAACCACAAAGCCCUUACACAAGCUCAAGAGAAGGAUCCCAUCAGGUGUCCCUCUGAAACCUAUUGGCGGACCACCGAAACCCAGCGAUGGCAGCGGCCAAUCCUCCAAAUGUGUGCGGAGCUUCGAGAAUCCAGUAAACGCUGAAAGCGGUUCCCCGGUAGAAGCAGCUGUUCUCGAUGACGUGUUCCCUUCCGCCCCGGCGUCCCCCAUCGCUGUGUUGGACAGCGACGAUUCCGUCGUCUGUGGGGGGGACAGCCCUUUGCCGCUGGCAGAAAGACUCAGGCUCAAGUUCAUGCAGUGACAAAAGCAGGAUGCAGGACGGAAGCUUCAUCGUAAUUCAACGUACUCACUGCAAACAAUAUUAGGUACACCUGUGCGGUCACAUGACAUUGAAUUACCCCCCCCCCC